AAAUCAACAAAUCCAUGCAGUGCCGGCGCAGCAAGAACUAGGCGAAGGUCGUUUCGUUUGUCGAAAAUCCAAAUCCAGUUUUGCGGAUUGCGCGUUCCUUUCCUCGACUUGCCAACACGUGGUCUGCGUAUAAUUUUCGCAGAGUGAAAAACACAAUUUCGUCAUGGAGCCGAAUCAUAGGUUCGAAUUGGGCAGAUAUCCUGGCCAGGGCUUCCCUCCGCAGCAUGCCAUCGAUUUUUCCGCAAUCUCGACGGCCAGACAACACGCGGCCGCCGCCGCAGGACUGCGACAACCCUUUUACCAGCAACCUUGCACAGUGGCCACUAUCAAUGGGAUGCCCUACGAAUCGCAGCAAGUGAAGAUGUACGAAUACUUCCGGACAGUCGCUCUGCAAGGCCAACCAACUCCGGCAGUCCCACAGCCACCUGCACCUGUGCAUCAUCCAGUGGCCAAACCUGCCAUCUUUUGUCCUGCUCCUGUCAAGGAAACGGAAGCGCCCAACAACUCGUCGCCCUUUUCCGAUAUGGGGUUGCGAGAGAUUGCGAAGCAUUUCGACGUUUACGUGUCAGAGGCAGUGCUUGCCGAGGCCGAGUCGCAGCUCUCGAACAAGCAUUUGUGCAACUCCAAGAAAGUGGCCAGGUACUUGCUUUUGCAGAUCAUCGGAGAAGAUGUCAUCCUGACUCAAACUGCUUCUGGUGGACGACUUUACAAGUCAGCCGACCACAACAUCCUUUACUGUGUUGAAGCUUUGGUGAAUUCUCGUAUUCGGGAAAGAGAGAAGCACGUCAACAUCUUCAAACUGUACACCAACCUCAGCAACUACCUGAGGGAAAAACGGAAGAAGAAAGUUCUCAGCAAAACUUCAGCCCCCAAGGCACCUAAACCACCCCAGACCAGCCCUCUGGAAAAUUCCAGCUAUCUGAAGAGAGUCUUAGAGUCCAUUCCAGCUCCUCAGACCUUUGAAAGCUCUUGGGGUCAACCACCUGCAGCCAAGAGGGCCUUCGUGCCCCCACCAGUUGUGCAGCAGCAACAGAUGUACAGCCCCUACGCCCAAGGGAUGAGCAUCGUCAGUCAGCCGCACUGGGAGCAGUACUACUGGCACCCUCAGCAGGCCGCUACUUACUGCCCUGCCAGCAACAUGCCACCGCCCACGUCCCCACACAGUCUCGAGACACCCUCCAUGUCUUCCGGAAGCUCCGAGAUCUCUUCGCCCUCAAAGCUUGGUUCUCCCGACUCGGUCAGACUUGAGAUCUGCGACGACCUGGAGGCCACGGAGGUACAACCUGAGGAGGUCAUGGCCUCUGCAGCAGGUUCUCAGGGUUCCAACCAGCAGUUCUCGCAGGAGUUCUGGGACUACCAGUCCCAGCAAUACUACGAAUCUUGAGAUGACCAAUUGAUUUUUACUUUAGAAUUUAGAAACACAGUCGCAGUUAGUGCGACGUUGAUUUUGUAUUACACUUUACACAGGUGCAUUUGUCACAGCUCAUAUGAAUGCGCUUUAUUUUUCAUCAAAUUCAACACUCUCGUUUCAUCAACAGUACCAAAAAGCACUGACUUGAUAGAAAUAACUUAUGCAAAGAAAAAAAUGUAAAUAGAAUUGAUGGACUUAAGCUGUUUAUUGUUAGUAUGAAUAAUAAAACUCACUCAGUCAGCUCAUAUUAAUAGAAUAUAAUAUAA